UAGAGGAGAGUGGAGCAUUGUGGUGAGGGGAGAGGUCACUACCCAUGGAUGUGGAUGACGUGCUGCGAGAGUGUGGGGGCUUUGGCCGUUUCCAGCUGCUGCUGCUGGCACUGCUCUCCCUCGCCCGCCUGCCCCUCCCCUGGCACUUCCUGCUGCACAUCUUCCUGUCGGCCGUUCCUCCCCAUCACUGCCGCUCCCCCCACCAGCCCACGGCCAGCAACCUCAGCCGGGACCCCCGCCUGACCCCCGCCGACCCCGGGCCCUGCCGCGCCCUCCCCCCCUCACCCCUGGACCCCACACUCAACCACUCCUCCCUCCCCUGCACCAGCGGAUGGGAGUACGACACCUCCCAGUUCACAGCCACCAUCGCCACAGAGUGGGACCUGGUGUGUGAUCGCCGCAGCCUGAACCAAGCUGCCGGAACCUUCUUCUUCCUCGGAGUCAUGUUGGGCGGCCCCAUCUCCGGCUACUUGUCCGACAGGGUCAGAGUGACCACUCUCUCCUUGCCCAGGUAUGGGCGACGCCGGGUGCUGCUCCUGGGCUGCCUGGUGACGGCCGUGUUCGGCACCAUCGCCGCCGUCUCCACCGGCUUCACCAUGUUCGUCAUCUCCCGCUUCCUGUCCGGCCUCGGCCUCACCGCCAUCAACAUUACCACCUUCACCCUGGCCGUGGAGUGGACGGACGUGAGGCACCGUGCCCAGGUGGGGGCAGUGUGCAGCCUGGCUUGGUGCGUGGGUAACAUGUCGCUGGCAUUGAUGGCCUUCCUGCUGAGGGACUGGCGUUGGCUGCAGCUCGCUGCCUCUGCCCCCUGCCUGCUGUUCGCCGCCGCCUGCUGGUGGGUGCCGGAGUCGGCGCGCUGGCUGCUGUCAGUGGGGCAGACGGAGAGGGCGCGGAGUGGACUGCUGACCUGCGCCCGGCUCAACCACACCCCACCCCCACCCACAGUGCAGGAGCUGGAGAAGGUGUCAGGAGCUGGAGAAUGUGCUCCCCGCCCCUCGCCCCUCGCCCUGGUGAGGACUCGGCAGAUGUGCAGGAUCACCCUCUGCUCCGGAAUGGUCUGGAUGGGAGUGUCUCUGUCGUACUACGGCCUGAGUUUCUCAGUGUCGGGGCUGGGCCUGGGCCUCUACCUGACCCACUUCAUCUAUGCGGCGGUGGAGAUGCCGGGGAAGCUGCUGGCCUUCCUGCUGCUUGAGCGUUUGGGCCGCCGAUGGACCCAGGCUGGGCUGCUGCUGCUCACCGCCAGCGUCAUGGGCCUAUGCUGCCUGCUGACCCCCGGUGAGGACCCAGCCCUGACCCCCAACCCCCUGAUUCCGAACCCCCUCCCCGGGCAGCAGGUGCCUCUCCUGGUGCUGGGGAUCGUGGGCAAGGGCAGCGCGGAGGGUGCCUUCACCACCGCCCUCUUCUACACCACCGAGCUCUUCCCCACCUCACUCAGGCAGAGCGGGCUGGGUUACACGUCGCUGAUGGGGCGCCUGGCAGCCUCGGCGACGCCGCUGGUGAUGCUCCUGGACGAGGUGUGGGUCUUUCUGCCCUCCCUCAUCUUCAUCAGCGUCACCCUGCUGGCUGCAGCCAUGUCCCUGCUGCUUCCCGAGACACGGCACGUGCCUCUGCCCCAGACCGUGGGCCACGUAGAGGACAGGUACGGGCGUAGGGACGGAGGAGCAGAGGCGACCAGCGUGACGGACAUCGCCCUGCAGCCGCUGGGAGCGGGGGAGUCGCAGACGGCGUUGAGUGAGGAGAGCGAGUGA